ACCGGAAGUGGGUUAAUGUAAGCAUGCGCAGUGUGCGUUCAUAAACACGUGUUGCCAGUCACCGGAGUGCUGAAGAUCCUACAGCUUCGCUGGUCAUUAGAGUUAUUUCUGUUGUUUAUUUGCUAAUCUCUAGACGUGUUUCUGUUUAGUUAAAUAGUACUGUCCUCCGUGAAGCUCUUGCCGAGAGGACCGUUCUGUUAAUAAGUUACGUUAGUCACUGAUUAAAACACAACAAACACAAUGACUGAAGCUGAAGUCAAUCCGAAAGCCUACCCCCUGGCAGACGCCACUCUCUCCAAAACCAUCCUGGACCUGGUGCAGCAGGCGGCGAACUACAAACAGCUGAGAAAAGGAGCCAAUGAAGCCACCAAAACUCUUAACCGUGGGAUUUCUGAGUUCAUUGUGAUGGCGGCUGAUGCUGAACCUCUGGAGAUCAUCCUGCACCUGCCGCUGCUGUGUGAGGAUAAGAACGUGCCGUAUGUGUUCGUGCGCUCUAAACAAGCUCUUGGACGUGCGUGUGGAGUGUCAAGACCUGUGAUUGCCACAUCAGUCACCAUUAAGGAAGGAUCACAGCUGAAACCUCAGAUUCAGUCUGUGCAGAUGUCUAUUGAAAGACUCCUAGUUUGAGCUCAUUCUACUUACACAUUUGUUUUCAAGUUUUAUAAAUGAUUUCUUUGUACAAUCCUUAAGGAUUUUUCAUUUUUCUUUUUGAAUGUUAAAAUCAAAUGAAGUUGAGUGUGUUCCUCAGCAAUUGACAGCCGAAAUAAAGUUCGGUUUAAAUCAAGUGAUAUUUGUGUGGGUUGUUAGUGCUUGAUGGAUGUACAUACUGCACAUCUAUCAUUAAUACAUUUUCAAAAUGGAAUUUAAAUAGUCCACCAUUUUUUGGUUAUUGUUUAAUGCAAAGUGAAAAAUGUUGAAUAUCUUUUAACCUCCAUAUAAGGCUACAAUAAAUACUGUCAGAUGUACACAAACCAAGGCAGCUCAUAAGAAUUAGUUGGGAAUAUUGUCAAUUAAAAAUUUGGUGUAUAAAAUCAA